AUGGCUGCCACUCCUUGGCUCACGCAUCUCCUCCUUGAGACGUGCUACGAUGCAUCGGAGCUUCUGCUGGUGGGUUGGAGCAUGGGGAAUCACUUCGCAUGGCACGCCUGCCGCCAGCUGGAGGCACUGGGAAUCCCUCCCCGUGGCAUCUGCACCUUGGACGACCUGUCCGCCAAGCCUUCGUUCGAAGAGUUGGACUGGGAGUGCAAGGCCCAAACACGGCCUCGUGUUCGCAUCUCCACAGCGGCGAUGGAGUUCAUUAGCCCCUGCAGGUUCGUGAGGAAAGAGUCCGGCCGCGAUCCUGUUCGCCUCUUCGGCACCGAUGGUGAACGCCGAAUGAGACAGCAUCUUCGCGGUGUCAUCCGCGACUUGGCGAUGCGGCUGGAGGAACGCCGAAUGAGACAGCAUCUUCGCAGUGUUAUCCGCGACUUGGCGAUGCGACUGGAGGCGGCAGUGGAAUGGUCUGUCGUGAGUGAAGUGAGCGAGUGGGCGAGAGGGCACGUGUGUAUGUGCGUGCUCGAUCUUCUUGUCUGUAGAUAG